AUGAAGAGGUUGUCCUGCCCAUGCCCUGCCCUGCCCUACUUCUGGCAGCUGGGGUCUCACUUCAUGGCUGAGAGUUCUGGGACUCAGGCUCCGGGGAAAGGGGCCCCUCUCAGCAUCCGGGUCCUGCGAGCCCAGUAUGAAGGCUUGAGAAGGCAGCAGAGGACCCAGGCCCACCUUCUGGUGCUCCCAAGAGGAGGAAAUACAUCUGUUCCCGCUGAAUCCAUGAUCAGCACUGUUUGGAUUAAUAAGGAGAGAAGGAGUUCGCUGUCCCUGGGAGAGGCAGAUCCUGAGGUGGAGGGGAUGCUGGAUGAGGCUGCCCGAGGCUGUCUUCAGGAGUCUCCCUGGCGCACACAUCUAGAAAUGCAUUGUUUGGUCCAAACCUUCCCCCAGGAAACCCAUCAUCAAGUAGAGCAUGAGGGCAAGCUUGUGGAGUCUGACCAAAGGCUUCCUCCAGAAGGAGACACAGGCUUGUUUGAAAACAAUCAGAUAACUCAGCGAGGAGUCAAACUCCCAGAGGAAGCCCAGCAUCAAUGCCAGCUGGGUAACACCCAAACAAAUGCAGUAGGAUCUGCCUUAAAAUUCAGCAUUCAGUGCCCUUCUUCCAUAAAGAACCCACACAGGUCUGGCAAACCUGGUCACUAUCCAUUUCCCCAGAGGAAAACUCCCAGGAUCUCCCAAGCUGCCCGGAACCUGGGCUUAUAUGGUCCAGUGUGA